AUGGCACAUGCAGAUGUUAAAACAUCCAUUAUCUCUGUGCAGCUCGCCAGGAAGCCAUGGCGACGUAGUAGGUCGCCCGGAAGGCAUGGCGACGUAGUAGAUCGUCCGGAAGGCAUGACGACCUACGGCCAACACUGUAGAUUUCACCCUAUUUCAGUAAAUAAUAUGGGGAGUGUAUUAUCUCGUGAAUUAUUUAUUUUGAAAGUAUUAUAUCGUGAGUUUUGCCCAUCUGGAGUGGUGGUUGAAACAACACUAAAAGAACUACUUCCUGCAAUAAUAAAUUGGGGUAACAACCGAUACCAGCACAUUUCAAGUUUGCAGUGCCUCUAUGUUUCAAGAUCGUUCCUCCUAAAUUUUCAGCGUUGCCCACCUCUUUCUGGUGUUGAAGGGUCUGUGGAGUCUCACCUUCUAGUUUUAGGUGAACAAGAGCGCUGGAAUCUUGAUGUUUUGUUAAGAAUGCUGGCUGAGUUGCUUCCUUUUGUUCAUCAAAAAGCAAUUGAGACUUGCCCAUUUUCCUCUGUUUCGGAGUCUAAUGGGACAAUAUUUUCUAGCUCGGUACUUGAACUAUAUGCAGGGGGACAUGUUGAAUGGCCUGCAUUUGAAUGGGUGAAUGUCGAUUGCUUUUCUUGUUUGCUACUGCUGGCUUGCUUCUUACCCCAGAAAGAAGAUAAAUUAAGAAACCGAAUUACACAGUUUUUGUUGACCGUUUCUGAAUGUUUUGGAGAUUCUUAUUUGACCCACAUAAUGCUACCUCUAUUCUUGGUAGCAGUUGGGGGUCAAGCUGAUUUGAAGUUCUUCCCUCCCAACGUUCAUUCAAGAAUCAAAGGUUUGAGACCAAGAACAGCUGUGGCUGAGAGACUUACUAUUCUAGGCAUCCUGCCGCUUCUCUUGGCGGGUGUUCUAGGAUCUCCUGGUAAGCAUCAAGAACUAGCUGAUUACUUGAGAAAGCUUCUAGUGGAAGGUGCCACAAAAGAGAGCCGUUCUGCAACACACAACAUGGAUAUUGUUGAUGCUGUUCGCUUCCUUUGCCAUAUUAUUUCUGAUUUCUUGUCUGUAAAUUAUGAAGAUAUUAAUGCUGCUUGA